CUUGGGGGUAACAGAAGUGUCCUAAAGCUGGUCUGUGGUGUGAUGCACAGCAGUGUCCCUUUAUAUGAGCUCAUCAGGCUGUGCCUGGGACAUGAGAGUGAAUUUCCUGGUGUGUCAAUUACACUUUCAAGCAUUUAGAAAUGAGUGCAUUUCUUCAAGGAUGGAAGACUCACUGCUGGAAAGUCACUGCCUGUGAGAGAGCGCCUGGAGGUGCUCUGGAUGCUGCCUAGAUGCUCUAGGUAAGCCGGCAGGCUCCUCUGUUAAAGGGCUAGUGUCUGUCCAGACACUGAAGGAAGCUGACACUUCCACGUGGCUCUUCAGCAGGCGCUGUGAGCUGCGGGGACCAGAGAGGUUUUCUCAUUGGUGCCACCUGCAGACAGGAAAGCAGCGCGUGGCCAUUUGAGGAGGCUCCUGACAGUGACACAAUGGCCAGAAGGGAGGUCAGGGGGGUGGACUGAGGGCCGCCCCCGCCGCGAAGCCACAGAGGCUGGACGUGCUCAGCAGCUGGUGGGCGGGCAGAGGAGCCACUCGCAAUGGAGAAGUUUCAGGCUGCGAUGCUGCUGGGGAGUGUCGGGGACGCUCUGGGCUACAGAAACGCCCGCAAGGAGAACAGUGCCACUGGCGCAAAGAUCCAGGAGGACCUGCAGAAACUCGGGGGCCUGGACCACCUGGUGCUCUCCCCGGAGAAGUGGCCUGUGAGUGACAACACCAUCAUGCACCUGGCGACGGCCAGGGCACUCACCACAGACUACUGGUGCCUGGAUGACCUGUACCGGGAGAUGGUAAAGCACUACGUGGAAGUGCUCGAGAAGCUUCCAGAACAUCGAGCAGACCCCGCUACCCUUGACGGCUGCUCGGCGCUGAAGCCGGAUAACUACCUCCUGGCCUGGCACACGCCUUUCAACGAGAAGGGUUCUGGGUUUGGAGCUGCCACCAAAGCGAUGUGCAUCGGCAUGCGGUACUGGAAGCCCGAGCGGCUGGAGACCCUGAUUGAAGUCAGCAUCGAGUGCGGCAGGAUGACGCACAACCACCCCACAGGCUUCCUAGGAGCCCUGUGCACAGCCCUAUUCGCAUCUUAUGCCAUACAAGGCAAGCCGCUGGAGCAGUGGGGGAGAGACAUGAUGAAGACGGUCCCACUGGCUGAAGAAUACUGUAAGAAGACCAUCCGGCACCUGGCAGAGUACCAGGAGCACUGGUUUUACUUUGAAGCUAAAUGGCAGUUUUACUUGGAGGAGAGAAAGCUCAGUGAAGACAGCGGCGGUAAAGCCGCCUUCCCUGACCGUUACGACGCAGAGGAGAGGGACAAGACCUACAAGAAAUGGAGCUCAGAAGGCCGAGGCGGGCGGCGGGGCCACGAUGCCCCCAUGAUUGCCUACGACGCUCUCUUAGGAGCUGGGAACAACUGGACGGAGCUCUGCCACCGUGCCAUGUUUCACGGAGGUGAGAGUGGGGCCACGGGGACCAUCGCGGGCUGCCUGUUCGGACUACUCCACGGCCUGGGCGCCGUGCCCGUAGGCCUGCACCAGGAGCUGGAGCACAGGGCGGAGCUGCUGCGCCUGGGCGAGGCGCUCCACCGCCUGUCCACGGAGGAGAACCCCAAGAGUGCCAAGAUCUGCAGCAGUAACAUACCUGUGGAUGCCCAAGCCCUGAAGAAGAAGCUCAGCAAGGCGACCUGCAACCCCGCGGUCUGUGCCAUCCUCAGAAGCCUGCUGCUCUACGUCACCUGCCGUGGGGACGGGCCCCAGGCACUGCCUCCCGCCAAGAGGGCAGAGCGCGGAGACAGCCAGGGGGGCCGGAAGCCGGAACCCCAAGACGCCAACCGGCGGCCCACGCGUUUCCAGCUCCUGCAGGCCAAGUUCAUGGGCCCUGGCCGGGAGCCCUGGCUCAACAAGACCCGGGAGGUGGGCAGGCUGAUCAUCAAGGACAAGCAAGGCCCCGGCAGGAGCGUGGUGGCCGCCACCAUCAACAAGCUCCUGGAGAAGACCAGGGAGGGGGCCGGCAGUUCCGCGAGGGGCCAGGAGCCCCUCUGCGGCGGCGAUAAGCCCCGGUGGGGCCUGCCCGCCGGGAGGAACACCGUGAAAAACAUCCUGAAGAAGUUCCUGGCCGCGGAGGAGAAGGAGGCGGAGGAGAAGAGGCUCCGUGAGCAGCCUCCCGCGCAGCAGCCCAGAGCCGCCCGGGGCCUCCUGCCCAAGAUCGUGGGCAGAAAGGGCUCGGUCCUGGCCAAGCUGCGGGAGAGGUUCGAGCAGAGCGGGGGCCUCUGCUCGGAGGCCGGCGUGCUGCCGCUCCGCACGGAGGAGCGGAAGAAGAAGAACCUCCAGAGGAAGAAGAUGCACCGGCUGGAGGCCCGCGUGCUCUGCACGGCCACCGUGGCCAGUUCCUGCCUCCGGAUGCCCCCCACCCGCUUCCUGGCCUGCUCGGCCGAGCCCGUGCCAGCCUUCAGCAUCGCCGCCGUGGUCUGCGGCCCCCGGAGCUGGCUGUCCCACUGCGCCAAGAUCAGACACUCGGAGCUGAGGCGCAUGCCCCCAAAGGACACCGGCAGGCCCCCCGAUGCGGGGGAGAGGGUGCCUGAUGGGAACCAAACACCAGCAGAGGAACUGCUGGCUGGGAGGUCCCCACAGGCCUUGGCAGGGCAAGCCAUGGCUGCCAGCGUGCAAGCAGCCGCCCUGAGGGCAGGGCCUGAGAGCCUCCCUGAGCCUGUCCCCUCGCCCGCCUCCCCGAGCCGGGAAGCCCCUCCUGGCCUGGAACCCAAGCUCUCCUGGCUCACACCAGCCAGCCCAGGGCACGCCAGCGUGUCAGGAGGUGAUAGGACGGAGGGCCCCCCAGCAGGAAUCACCUCAGAUGACACCCAGGGGGCAGAGGGGCCCAGGGCAGGCCCCCGCCCUGCGCCCCCAGCGGAGAUGGCCGAGGAGGCCCCGCAGGUGGACCUCAUGGUUUGCAGCUCAGAGGACGAACUGACGGAAAGAGUCAUUUCAGACUCAGAGCAAGACCCUCUCUUCGCCGUCCAGGAGACUUUUCCGGAACAGCCAGCCCCAGGGCAGAUCCCGCCGCUCAGCGUGCCGACCGCCCAGGCUGCCUGGCGCACCCAGCGGGCCUGCGAGCCUCCGCAGAUCACCGUGCGGCUCCCGGUGGUCCACGAGAUGCCGCUGCCUCCCGCGGCGCUGCAGGCGGCAGCGGGUCAGGCAGGCCCACCUUCUCCGGUGCCGGGAGGGGAGGGCGAGGUUGGACAGGCACCCGCGCUCCUUCCCACCACGACAGGGAGGAAAAGCCCCGAGGUGGCCCCGGUGGGAGCCAGCCAGCCUGCGGGGACACGCGGGGGACUCAGCACCCUUUCUUGGCGGGACUCCUGGGCAGACCUGGCUCUCCCACCCCUAAGGGGUGCUGCCGGCACUGACGGGGACACCCCAGAGGCAGCUCCAACGCUGAAACCUCCGACGAGUCCUGCCGGAGGAAAGGAAGACUGUGGGAGUUCAAACCAACUCAAGGACCACACGUGUAUUUCAGGACAGGAAGUUCCUGAGCUCAGGAACGAGAAGCAUCCGCUGCCGGAAUCAGGGGAAAUGCCAGUCCCUGACGAGGGCAACCCAGCCCAUCCCUCCACAGCUCCGGGGAAUCGUCCAAGGGGGAACGGCCGCUCUGCCCUGUGUGGUCAGCAAGUGCCACCUCCCCAUGAGGGAGACUCGACGGAUGCCCCAACUCUGCUGGCGGCACCGGCCGAGGGCUGGGCCAGGUCUGAGCAGAUGACCACCGUGGGUCAGAACGUCCUGCGUGAGCAGGCAGAACACAGGGGGCCACCACUGACUGAGUCCACUCAGCCGCUGCUGAUGGCCGACAGGGGCGCCAGCCAGGACGUUGGUGAGAACAGGCCAACCUCCUUACAUGAAGGCCCCACACCAAGAACCAAAGCCCCCGGGCGAGGGGCAGCCACAGGGGUCACCGAGAGUCACACAGCGCCAGCACCAGGGAACACCGUGGACCCCGAAAUCAGGUCUCCUGAACCGAGGAGCCCUGAGCACAAGAGAGAAUCUGGCUCCUCACCAACAGGUCACAGUCUUGUAGCAGAGGAUCGCGGUCAUGCCCCCAACAGCCACCUCUGCUUGGCACCAGGAGGGCCCUGGAAGGUGCCCAUCGGCAGAGCCGCAGAGGGCCACGGCUGCAGAGACUCAGGGCAGCGCCUGCCCGAGACCUCGGAAUCACUGACCGCGCUCCCACAGACGGCUGCGAGCCCCCCAUUCACGCCUGACGAACCUGGCUUGGGGGUUUCAAAGGAAUGGGCAGCCAACAAAGGGAAUGCCCCGGCAGGAAGCGGAAACACUGCGGCUGCUCAAGCAGGUCCUCGGGGGAAUAACACGAAGUCUGCGGUUCCACCCUCGCAUCGCCCCGCACCGCAGGGAGGUGGCGUAGAGGGGCCUCCGCGCCACGGUUUGGACGGGCCUCCGGCGCCUUCUGAGGGGCAGCGGGCCGGGGAUGAGGAGCACGUCGUGUCUGAAAAACGGCUUCCUCUGGCUGCUGGGGUUUCCCCUCCGCUCCCCUCAGUGCCACCGACAGGAGCAGAAGCGGGGCCCCAGACGUGUCCCAGCCUCCAGGCACACCUGCCGCCUGCAUCCCGCACACAAGCUGGUGUCCUGCUGGACAGAGAGGUCAGAGAGGGGCCAGGGUCGCAGGCAGGCCUGGGGGGUGGAGAGGAGGGAGUCUCAGGGCCUGUGGGGCCGAAGGGUCCUGGUCAGAAGGGAGUUGUUCCUUUGGACCCAGGGAAAAUCAAGGUUGGAGAGAGGACAGGGCCACAGGCAGGCCUGGGGGGUGGGGAGGAGGGGGUGUCAGCGCCUGUGGGGCUGAAGGGUCCUGGUCAGAAGGGAGUCCCUCCUCCAAACCAGAAGACUCCCGUGUGUGGCUCUGAAGAGGCGCAGACACAGCCCCAGGACGACGUGGUGGGCAGUGACAGGGCGACCCCUGAUGUGGAGACCCCUUGCCGACACAUUGAGAAAGGUCCAGAUCGCCCCCCAGGGCACUGGGUGCAGGCCGUCGAGGACCCCUCAGGGCAACACGGUGUCCACACUGAGGAGCGGCAGGGGCGCCCGGCACAGGCCCAGGCCGGCAGGAUGGCACCCCACCACUCGGUGCAGCCCACAGGCAACUCAUUGGCUGUGGUGCCUGCACCUACCACAGGUGCACGUGGGCAGUCCCCGAGGCCAGCCCCCACGGGUGGCCAGGGGCCACCUGGAGUGCCACAGGAGGCGGGAGAACACCGUCUGCAGGCGGCCCAGAGCCAGACACCUACCCGACCCGAGCCAGUGCAAGGCUCUGCUGCAGUGCCCACGCCCAAGGCUGGGGGCGGCCAGACGCCCGGCGCCCCAGCCCAGGAGGGGCCCCCAGAAGUCUCCUGGGCAGGAAGGAGCGCACUGGACCGCGAGCAUCAGAGGAGGUUUGCAAAGUACAAAGCCCAAAGCUUCGGUGACCAGAGGUCCUUUGACUUGUCCUUUAGAGCCAAAGUUAUCAAGGCCAACGACACGUUCGAACUUCCAAAGUGAAGUGCGCCCCCUACCCCCACGCCCAUAGGGACCACUGGCACGUCUGAGGCCUCCGUUUCCGCUCCUCCCUCAGGCUUCCCAAGGAGCUUUGAACGGCCCCCUGGAGAGUGGUUUCCUUUCACUCUCACAGUAACCGGCCCCACAGCUACAGACGUGUUGCCUGCACGUGCUGUCCUGCUCCGUGUUCUCAGUGAACGUGAGCUUCCGGGAGCUGUGCACAGCGAGGACGAGGGAAGUGCCUGGCACACCUGGCCUCUGUGCCCUGUGGGUCUGUUUCCUCAUGUCACUUGAGGCAUCUCUACUUGGAGUUCGUCCAAGCACACACUUCUACCUUUCCACAGAGCCGUGCUGCUUUUGGCACUUUAAGGUUUGGUGCUGGACUUGGCGUGUGUCUGUCCUAGCUGCUCUCACUGGGGGGCUCCGCCAGCUUCGGCCUUUGGGGGCACCGUCUCCUUGCAGGUCAUCGGCAGGCCUGGAUGUGGAGGGCCUCAGACACAGCCAGUGUGUGUGACGACGUGGGCAGGAGAGUCGCACACAGAGCGCCUUGAACGAGGGGCCGUGACUCCAACGCAGACACCUGUCCUGACACAUUCUGGGAUGAGGGCUAAGAGCUUUGGUUUGUCUCAGCUUCUCCCCGAGGGAAGCUGAUCUAUCUUUACCUUCUUGAUGACGGUCGGGAAGGUGGAGUGAGGACACCGGGAUCCAGGCUCUGGCACAUCCUGUUCCUGCCCCUGGGCUCUGCUGGGCCGGAGCAGAACCAAUCCUGGGAAAUACUCGAGUCAAAUUACAGAGGAAGAUGAGGAUGCAGAGUGGUCAGAAGAUCGUUUUCAGCACCGAGCUUCCAGGUGCACGAGUCCAAGGAAGCUUUUGUUUAGAAACCUCU